AUGUCAAUCUUCUUCAUCUUCCUGCUCUCUCUCUCCGCCAUCAUUUCAACCACCGCCGGCGACCCCCUCUCCGACGAGAUUUCAGCUCUCCGGGCAUUCAAAUCCUCCAUCAAACCCUCCACAAUCCCAUCUUACUCAUGCUUAGCUUCCUGGAACUUCACUUCUCACCCUUGCUCUUUUCCCCACACCACUCACUUCAUUUGCGGUCUUACUUGCUACAACUCGCGCGUGACUCAACUCACUCUCGACCCGGCGGGUUACUCAGGCACUCUCUCCCCACUCAUCUCCAAACUCACUGAGCUGACUCACCUCGACAUCUCGGAGAACAAUUUCUUCGGCCCAAUCCCACCCUCUCUCUCCUCUCUCGCGAAUCUCCAAAUACUCUCUCUCCGAUUCAACUCGUUCUCCGGCUGGGUCCCACCAUCAGUCUUCGCGCUCAAGAAACUAGAAUCACUAGACUUGUCUCAUAAUUCUCUCUCAGGAUCACUACCAAACACGUUGAACUCGGCGACGAGUCUGACUCGUUUAGACUUGAGUUACAACAAACUCACUGGGUCAAUACCGAAACUACCCCCAAACCUCUACCAAAUUGCCAUCAAAGCCAACUCGCUAUCCGGGUUUCUCUACCAAACCUCAUUCACUGAGUCAACUCGGUUAGACACCGUUGAACUCAGCGAGAACUCGCUAGUAGGAGUUUUGCAACCAUGGUUCUUCAACUUACCUUCAUUACAACAAGUGAACCUUUCCAAAAAUAAAUUUACAGGUGUCGUGAUCUCCAAACCUCAGAACCCAGAAAGCAACCUCGUAGCCGUUGAUCUAGGAUUCAACAAAAUACAAGGUAAUUUACCGGUUAAUUUUUUAUUAUAUCCCAUGCUUUCGUCACUCACAUUGAGUUACAAUCGGCUACGGGGACCAAUCCCACUGGAAUACAGCAAGAAACAAAGGCUCAGAAGAUUAUUUCUGGAUGGGAAUUACUUAAAUGGGUCGCCGCCGUCGGACUUGAUUUCCGGCAAGACGGAAGUUUUGGCCGGAAAUUUAGGAGACAAUUGUCUAAAGUAUUGUCCUGCGAGUUCUUCGCUUUGUUCAAAGUCGCAAAAAGCUACUUGGAUUUGCCGACAAGCUUAUGGGAAGCCAAGAUUAUAGUGUUUUUUUUAAAUAUAUAUAUUAUUUAUGGUUUGUUAUUAUUAAUUAAUUUUAGUCUUUGUAAUGUGUUGUAAGAUACUCCUAUGUCCAGCUGUGUCAUGUAUUUUUUUUAGAGAUUUCCAUGUACAUUGAAUUUGUUUUUAAUUAAUUAUAAUAAUAGAACUAUUCGGUGA